AUGGAAGACUGUCACACAGAACGGACAACGAAGCCUAAGGCUUUGUCAGUCAAGGAGUGCGGCUGGACAGCAGAGGAUUGCCACCUAGUGGAAGAGCCGCCAGGAGACUCACACAGAGGAACCCUGUGUCUGCCUCACAUCUUCAGGUCAAAGAAAGUCAAGCCUCGUCGCCGGACCCAGACAACGGGCCCGGCUUAUCAGGUGUACCACACGGCCCGAGAGCUCCUUCUGGAGGUGCUGGAUGAUAGAGGAGCCAUUCGGGAGCUGAUGAGGAGAGCCUCCGUGUUGAGGUGUGGACCUCCUCGGCCUUCGCACGCUCAAAGAAGGGAGCAAGGCGUCCGCUUCUCCGAGGAGGAUUACACCGAGAUGUUAACUUGCUUCUCCGUGGUUCUGCAGGACGGUCUCUCUGUGGGAGAGCGUGAGCUGAGCCUCCGAUUAGAAGGCUGGAAGGGGGUCCUGAAGAGAAACUGCUUCCAAAGCUGCCUCCUGCAUCUGAGCCGACUGGAGGAUGAAGACAAGCUGGAAGCCUUGUCCGCCUUCUGCGGCCAUGUGACCAAGCGCUACCGAGGAUUACACACGCCUGGUGAGAACCUGGCUGUGAAGAAAUACAAACUUCGGUACCAACAGAUUCCCUGCACGCUUCAUCUGGCUAUCCUCUGUGAUAUCAGCUCAGGGUUCAUCUGCAACAUGCAUCUGUACGUCCCGGAGCAGCUCCGGGGACGUAGUAAGAAGCCUGUCGUUGUGCAGGUGGUGGAGCACCUGAUCAGACCUUUCCGCAGCCACCGCCACCUGCUGUGGUUGGACCCCUCUGUCUGGACGGAGGGCAAGCUCCUUCACAUCUUCUCUGAGUCAAAAGCUGAGAUCGGACAGCUUCGACGGAGGGAGCCAUCCUCAUCUGCAGAAAGCACAUCGAAGUUCUUCUCAGCAUCCUUCCUUGCAGCUCAUCUCCAAGGCUGGACCGGACCGGCUCUUCUUUUCCCUUUGUCCGACAUGAGAGAAUCACAGGCAGACUUGCUCCUCCCCGGUCUCUGGGUGGCACUGCACAGCAUCUACAUCAACACAUUUGUGCUCCAUACCCUGCAGAGCUCAGGCAGGCAGGUCCAGCUGACCCAGUUCACCAGAACUCUGGCCUCUCAGCUGGCUCUGGACAACAGCGCCGGAGUGCCGGUCCCGCCUCAGCUAAGCAGCGCAUCGUACCAAGAGAUGCAACGUCUGACAAGUUUCCCCAAGCAAAGAAAAAACACACACAGCAGCGGUCAUGUGACGGAAAAGCGACUAGAGGGGUGGGACCGACCCGGUGUGUGCGGUUUAGACAACUCUGGAAACGCGGCGUUGCAGUGCGUUUGCUCCACGGUGCCCCUGGUUGAGGGCCUCCUUCACCGGGACACUUGCAAAGAGCUGGCACGAGCCAAGUGUCGGGUGGCCCAGGUUUUUGUGCGCCUCCUGGCGCAGAUGCGGCUGGGGAGGAGCUCCAGCUGUGGCCCUGUGGAGGCCAGGUCCUUGCUGUGCUCCAUCCUGCCCCAGUUCAACAACCACUCGCAGCAGGACGCUCAGGAACUCCUGCUCCUCCUCUUCAAUGCACUCCACGACGACUUAAAGAAGGUCGGGAGAUGCGGGAUGCAGCCGAGACGAGACCAGGAUAUAAAUUGUGCCUCUGGACCGGGAGAGUCUACCGUUGUUUCCAAGCUGUUCGAAGGGCAGCUCAGCUACAUGAGAGUCUGCACGCAGUGUGACCAUCAGACCCACAACACGCAGACCUUCACUGUGCUCUCCUUACCCAUCCCCACGCACGUCGGCAAAUGUUCCAUUCGGGACUGCUUGUCACUGUUCUUUGAGCAAACUCUCCUGACGGGGGGAGAGAAGAUGCUGUGCUCGGCCUGCGAGCGGCGGAAAGAAACCGCUCUCCUCGCUUGUCUGGACAAACCUCCCGAAAUCCUCGUGCUGCACCUGAAACGCUGUUCUCAACUGGAUUCGUGUUGUAAAGGGAAGAACCAGGUGAAACUGAGGACCAACGUUAUCUUCUCCAUGGUGCUCGAUCUCAGCUUGUUUCUGUCCAGCUCAGCGCAGAAUACUUCCUGUUCUUCCUACCGCCUCUACGCGGUCGUGAACCACGCAGGUCACCUGAACACGGGUCACUACACGGCUUUGUGCCACAGCGCCCUGACCCGAACAUGGCACCGCUUCAAUGACUCGGCGGUCCGAGAACUACGCGACAGUCACGUGCAAUCCCCAGGCGCCUACGUCCUGCUUUACAGUCGCAAGCCGUUCCGAAAACCGAAGAUCGUUGGCCUACAAAUGACAUAA